GCAAUAAUUGAUGCGAUACAUGAUCGACAUUCAGCAGCUCUGAUGGAACGUGGCGUCAGGUAACGCAGCGCAAUGGAGCAUGCCACAAAGGCAAGCUCCGAGUCUUGCUGCAGGGCAUCCUCUUGCUGUCGUCGCGGAGAUGUGAUGAUAUGGAUCAUAACAUGUACACCGGUAUGAGGUCCGCAGGGACCUUUCUGCUGUUAAGCAUUAAGUAGCCGUGAGACGUGAAGACGAGUCUCUCUACCUCUACUCGCGCGUCCCUCUUCGACUCGCUGCUCUAUAUAGCUUUUCACUCCCCUCGUUUACCUCUUGCUUCGAAGAAGAAAGAAAGAAACCCACCCACCCAAAUGAAGCCUCCCUACGCUCAACUGCUCCUCGGAGUCGCCACGGGCGCUGUGGUUGCCAAUGCUACCGGUCACUAUCUGCAGCAGGCCAUGAACGGCGAGCGUGUCUCUGGCUAUGCCUAUCACGAUGUUCCUACGUGGGAACCGUCUUUCAGCAAUGAAUCCCCGCCCCUGAACGGCCACCGCGUCCCCCGCGAGAACUGGAGUCUGUCGUGCAGCAGCAGCCAGCGCGGAUACGAAUGCAACAAGGUCAUCGACGGCAAGAACACCACGGACUGGCGCAGCGACACCGGGCAAGAGGAGCACAGCAUCACGAUCGACCUGAAAAUCCCACACUCGAUGAACGCCAUCGUCAUCCUGCCGCCCAUCAACACCGGGCUCGACGGCCUGAUCACCCACCACGAGGUCCACGUCAGCGACGACGGGAAGAAAUGGAGAGGCCCCAUCGCAUACGGCAUGUGGCCCGAGUCGACCCGGCAGCGCAUGUCCAUCUUCGACCCGGUCCCGGCCCGGUACCUCAAGCUCACCACCCGGGGCGCAGACGAGCCGCGCAAGUCGUGGGUCGGCAUCUCCGAGCUCAAUAUCUACGCAACCACGUACACGAUCCCGCAGGACCCGGCCCGCGGCGCCUGGGGCCCCACGGUCGACUUCCCCGUGAUCCCCGUGGCCGGUGCCCAGGAACCGUCCGGCCGCGUUGUGGUCUGGUCGUCGUGGGCUUCGGAUCAGUUCCACUCCACGCCGGGUGGGCAGACGGCCAUGUCGCAGUGGAAUCCCCUUACAAGGGAGAUUUCCCAGCGUGUUGUGACCAAUACGCACCACGACAUGUUUUGUCCAGGGAUUGCCAUUGACGGUACGGGCAUGUUGAUUGUAACGGGGGGCAACGAUGCUACGGUGACCAGUCUCUAUGAUUCUGAGGAAGAUCAGUGGUUCGAAGGCCCUGCGAUGCAUCUUCGACGCGGAUACCAGUCGACAACCACCCUCUCCGACGGACGUGUGUUCGUGAUCGGUGGCUCGUGGGCUGGGGGCUCGAACAUACCCAAGGAUGGCGAAGUGUACGAUCCCGCUGCCAGAAACUGGACCAUGCUGCCCGGCGCCAAAGUGAAGCCCAUGUUGACGGACGAUAUGGAGGGCGCGUGGCGAGCUGAUAACCACGGCUGGCUGUUUGGAUGGAAGAACCUGUCCAUCUUCCAGGCCGGCCCCAGUGUGGCCAUGAACUGGUACUACGCCGCAGGAUCCGGCGAUGUCAAGAAGGGCGGGAAGCGCAUGGACGACGACGACUCGAUGUCCGGCAACGCCGUCAUGUUCGAUGCCGUCAAGGGCAAGAUCCUAACCGUCGGCGGGUCCCCCGACUACGAGAGCUCCUGGGCUACGGCCAACGCCCAUAUCAUCACGCUGGGCGAGCCAGGCGAGAUAGCCAAGGUCGAACUCGCAGGGAAGAACGGGACGAUGCACUCGGAGCGCGUCUUCCACACCUCCACCGUGCUGCCGGACGGAAAGGUCUUCAUCGUGGGCGGCCAGACCUUCGGCAUCGCCUUCAACGAGGAGCACGUGCAGUUUGUCCCCGAGCUCUACGACCCGGUCACCAACACCUUCACGCAGCUGCAGCAGAGCAAUUUCGCCCGCGUCUACCACCACCUCUCCAUCCUCCUCCCCGACGCUCGCGUCCUGACCGCCGGCGGCGGCCUCUGCGGCAACUGCUCCGCCAACCACUACGACGGCCAGAUCUUCACUCCGCCCUACCUCCUGACCGCGCGCGGCGAGCCCCGCCCGCGCCCGCGCUUCGCCAAGAACCCGCCCAGGAGCGCACGCGUGGGCGGCACCAUCGCCUUCGCGACCGCGGCCAAGAUCGCCUCCGCCUCGCUCGUCCGCCUCUGCAGCACCUCGCACACCGUCAACACCGACCAGCGCCGCGUCCCGCUUACCCUGUCCCGCCUGUGGUUCACCAACUCCUACACCGCGCGCCUACCCACCGACCCGGGCAUCCUGAUCCCCGGCCCGUGGAUGCUCUUCGUCAUGGACCGGGACGGCGUGCCCUCCUUCGCGCAGACCAUUAUGGUUACGGUGGACACCAAGAAAUCUGCCGGCCUGCUCGACGAGGAAGAGGACGAGGAAGAGUUCUCGACGAUGGAAUUAGUUAAGUGAGUAAUGGGAAUUGAAUGCGAAGGAGCAGGUUUGGAAUGAGGUGUUGGGGAAUCUAAGAUAUGGGACAUGCUGUUUUUAUAAUAGCAUAUCUUAACUGUUAGAAAUGAACUGCGUGAACAGUAAUUACCGUUAUUUUUCAAUGGUUGAAUAGGCCAAGCAAUGGCAGAAGAUCUUAUUUUAUUACGGCCUAAGAUCUAAAUCUUAUUGUAUUUUCGACUGGCUGAAGCGUAUCGUCCCAUCGGAGAGAUUGCACUUCUUCGACGUCAAAGAUGGCUGGGAGCCAUUAUGUAAGAUCCUCGAUGUUCCCAUCCC